AGUGAGAAAGAGAGAGAGUUUAAGGCAGGCUCUGCACUGGUGUUCUGGGCUAUUUCAACUUCAGGGCAACUUUAGAGAACUUCAGUUAUUUUUGGUCAGAGGACAAUAUCUCACCCUGGAUCUAUCGAAUAAGAGGAAAAUCAUCAUCAAGCAAACAAAAAGGCACUUUGCCUUUGCUGUUUCAACUCCAUAAUUUUACCGCAGCAAAAUGAUGAGAGGUUCUGGACGACAGCUGAGACCGGCAGAGCCUCCGGGAGAUGCUGAUGCUGAUGCAGAAGAUGAAGAUUCUGUUAAUGAAGUGGCAGUAGAAGACAUCCGUCCAAGGCCACAGGGAUCCUCACCAGUUUAUGAAUAUUCCGUAGAAGAAGAAUACUUAAAGCUGCAAGAAGAAAACAAAAAAUAUAGUACCGACAAAUCAAAACAGAGUCAUCCACAGGAAACAAUGGAAGUGACCUUGAAAACAGAAGUGGAAGCUGGUGCUAGUGGUUUUAGCGUGGCUGGUGGAGGAAAUGAAGGAAUAUUUAUUAAAAAAGUAUUUAAGGAAUCUCCUGCUUCAAAAGUGUUUAGUCUGAGAGAAGGUGAUCAGCUUCUAAGUGCUACAAUAUUUUUUGAUAAUAUCAAAUAUGAAGAUGCACUCAAGAUUCUUCAGUAUUCAGAGCCAUACAGAGUCCAAUUCAGCCUGAAAAGAAAAAUUGCUGGGAAAGAAGAGCUAGAACAUUUUCACUCUACAGCUCAGUACAAAAAGGAACGAUUAAGUCAGGAUAAAGAACUCAGUGAAAGCAUUCCUGAAGAAACACUGCACGUUUCAGGAAAAGCUACUUCAGAAGAAGACAGAGAAACAUUAAUUGUAAACCAAAGGGUUGGAAGAAGCAAAAGACCUAAAAAAGAUAGAUUAUCAUGGCCAAAAUUCCAGUCAAUUAAAAAUAAAAAGAUACUGGGACACAGAAGAUCUCACAGUACAUCAGAUGCAUAUGAGCCUGCUAUACAAGAUAUUUCCCCUACAAGCACAGAUACAGAGUCUCAACAAGAAAUUCAUAUCAAACAAAAAAAAGGAAGCCAAAAGAAGCUGAAGUUCCCUAGUAUUGGAUUCAAAAUGCACAGAUCCAAAACAGAACAUCAAGACAAGCAAAAAAAAGAAAUAAAUACUACAUUGUUAUAUGAAAAACAAAUAAUACACAAAGAAGAUAUCAGCCUGGAAGGUCCUGAAAUACUGACUGUUGAAUAUACUGCUUCUCCUGUUUCUGAAAUGAAAACAGAAGAAUUAAAUGAAACUUCAACAAAAGACUUAAAAGAUGUGGAAAAUGGUAUUCCUACAUAUGCAAAAAAGUGCCCUGAAGUUGAAAUAAGCAUAAAAAAGGAAAAGGAAUCAACAUUGAAAUAUACUGUACCUGAAGUGCAAGAUAUAACAAGAAAGGUAUCAAAGCCAAGUUUAGAAGCAGAUCUGAAAGAAACCCCAACAAAACAAACACCAAAAAUCUCAUCAAAAUCCCCAAAAAAGAAGCAAAAAGGAACAGAAGAUAAAACAGAAGGAGAAAACGGAAUUAAAGAAGAAGUAAUGGAUCACACAGUGGAAGUAAACAUAGAGGAAAGAAGUUUAGAAAUAGGUAGAGCUAGAAUUGAAUUACAAUCACCCGAGAAACUGGAAGAAAGAGAAAAACAAGCACAAGAUGACAAACAGAUACCAACAAUUCAGAAAACAAAAUUUUGGAUGUCAGGGCCAAAAAGAAAAGAAACAGACACUAAAAAGAUAUUAACAAAACCAGAAAUAGAUGUUAAAGAUUCAGUACCAGAAACAAAAGCUGAGAAAGAAUUUGAGAAAGGAGGGAAAAUGGAUUUCAAAGCUCAGACACCCGCUACAGAAAAAGAAGAAUCUACAUGGAAAAUAACAAUACCACCAACUGAAAUGGCCACAUCACCUGUAGAUGACAUUAACAUAGAAGACAGCAAAGUUGAAUCCAAAUACACAGUAAAAAAGAAUCGGACAGAACAAAGAAACAUACAAAGAGGUGACAGAAGUUCAAAGAUAGAAAAUAUUGCAAAGAAAGGAGAAAAGGAUGUUGAUGGAAAAGAAAGCAAACAGAGAUUACCAAAGUUUAAAUUACCUACAUUUACCUGGGGAACUACAAAAGAUGAAACACACAAACCUGAAAUUCUAGUAAGUGAGAUGACGACUGCAAUGGCUCCCAAAGUCGAGGUGGACGUCAGCGUGCCCAAAGCGGACGCCAGCCUCCCCGAGGCAGAGGUCAAGGCCGGCGCCGUCGACGUCAGCAUCUCGGGCCCCGACAUCAAGCUGCCCUCCGUGGAGGGCUCCCUCGACCUCCAGGCACCCAAGGUAGACCUGACAGUGCCCUCUGCCGAAGGCUCGCUCGAUGGAGCCGAGCUGGAAGCCGCGGGCCUCAAAGGCAAGUUUAAGAUGCCCAAGUUCGACAAGCCCAAAUUCGGAGUGUCGGUACCCAAGGCGGAAGGGCCCGAAGGCGAGGUCAGCCUGCCCGCCGCAGAGGUCGAGCUGCCCUCCGGCGCUGUGACGGUCUCAGGGGAAGGCCCCUCACUGGACCUCAAAGCCGGUGCUAAAACCGAAGGGGCUGGCUGGAAACUGGAGAAGCCCUCCCUCAAAAUGCCCAAAGCUGACAUCAAAGCUCCCAAGGUGGACAUCAGCCUGCCCUCCGUCGACAUCACCCUUCCAAAGGCCGGUGCCGACCUGCAGGCGCCCGAGGCGGCUCUCAGCCUCGAGGGGGAGGUAAAAGCCCCGGAGAAGGAGGCCACCAAGGCAAAAGACGGCAAGUUCAAAAUGCCCAAGUUCGGCAUGCCUUCCUUUGGCUGGUCCAGCAGCAGAGAGGCCAAGGGCACCGUAGCUGCCGAUGUGGACGUGAGCCUCAAGGAGCCCCAGGUGACGGCUCCCUCGGGAACCGCCGAAGUUGACGUGACCCUGCCCGGGGCCGAGAUCCAAGCGCCCGGCGCUGAGGUGACCAUCGAGGCGGCCGCAGACGCGGAGAAAGGCCGGUUCAAAAUGCCCGACGUCAAGAUGCCCAGCGUCAAGCUGCCCAAAGUCAAAGCUCCCCACGUGCAGGUCAGCCUGCCCAAGGCCGAGAUCUCGCUGCCCAAAGCCCAGGGCGAAAUCCCGGAGGGAGAGCUCGCCCUGCAGGGCCCCGAUGCCGAAGGCAGCCUGGACGUGGCUGCCGGCAAAGCCGAGGGCGGCGGCAUGAAACUACACAUGCCAAAAGUCAAGGUGCCCAGCGUGGCCUUCUCCAAGCCGACCGUCAAGGCUCCCAAAGUCGAGGUGGACGUCAGCGUGCCCAAAGCGGACGCCAGCCUCCCCGAGGCAGAGGUCAAGGCCGGCGCCGUCGACGUCAGCAUCUCGGGCCCCGACAUCAAGCUGCCCUCCGUGGAGGGCUCCCUCGACCUCCAGGCACCCAAGGUAGACCUGACAGUGCCCUCUGCCGAAGGCUCGCUCGAUGGAGCCGAGCUGGAAGCCGCGGGCCUCAAAGGCAAGUUUAAGAUGCCCAAGUUCGACAAGCCCAAAUUCGGAGUGUCGGUACCCAAGGCGGAAGGGCCCGAAGGCGAGGUCAGCCUGCCCGCCGCAGAGGUCGAGCUGCCCUCCGGCGCUGUGACGGUCUCAGGGGAAGGCCCCUCACUGGACCUCAAAGCCGGUGCUAAAACCGAAGGGGCUGGCUGGAAACUGGAGAAGCCCUCCCUCAAAAUGCCCAAAGCUGACAUCAAAGCUCCCAAGGUGGACAUCAGCCUGCCCUCCGUCGACAUCACCCUUCCAAAGGCCGGUGCCGACCUGCAGGCGCCCGAGGCGGCUCUCAGCCUCGAGGGGGAGGUAAAAGCCCCGGAGAAGGAGGCCACCAAGGCAAAAGACGGCAAGUUCAAAAUGCCCAAGUUCGGCAUGCCUUCCUUUGGCUGGUCCAGCAGCAGAGAGGCCAAGGGCACCGUAGCUGCCGAUGUGGACGUGAGCCUCAAGGAGCCCCAGGUGACGGCUCCCUCGGGAACCGCCGAAGUUGACGUGACCCUGCCCGGGGCCGAGAUCCAAGCGCCCGGCGCUGAGGUGACCAUCGAGGCGGCCGCAGACGCGGAGAAAGGCCGGUUCAAAAUGCCCGACGUCAAGAUGCCCAGCGUCAAGCUGCCCAAAGUCAAAGCUCCCCACGUGCAGGUCAGCCUGCCCAAGGCCGAGAUCUCGCUGCCCAAAGCCCAGGGCGAAAUCCCGGAGGGAGAGCUCGCCCUGCAGGGCCCCGAUGCCGAAGGCAGCCUGGACGUGGCUGCCGGCAAAGCCGAGGGCGGCGGCAUGAAACUACACAUGCCAAAAGUCAAGGUGCCCAGCGUGGCCUUCUCCAAGCCGACCGUCAAGGCUCCCAAAGUCGAGGUGGACGUCAGCGUGCCCAAAGCGGACGCCAGCCUCCCCGAGGCAGAGGUCAAGGCCGGCGCUGUCGACGUCAGCAUCUCGGGCCCCGACAUCAAGCUGCCCUCCGUGGAGGGCUCCCUCGACCUCCAGGCACCCAAGGUAGACCUGACAGUGCCCUCUGCCGAAGGCUCGCUCGAUGGAGCCGAGCUGGAAGCCGCGGGCCUCAAAGGCAAGUUUAAGAUGCCCAAGUUCGACAAGCCCAAAUUCGGAGUGUCGGUACCCAAGGCGGAAGGGCCCGAAGGCGAGGUCAGCCUGCCCGCCGCAGAGGUCGAGCUGCCCUCCGGCGCUGUGACGGUCUCAGGGGAAGGCCCCUCACUGGACCUCAAAGCCGGUGCUAAAACCGAAGGGGCUGGCUGGAAACUGGAGAAGCCCUCCCUCAAAAUGCCCAAAGCUGACAUCAAAGCUCCCAAGGUGGACAUCAGCCUGCCCUCCGUCGACAUCACCCUUCCAAAGGCCGGUGCCGACCUGCAGGCGCCCGAGGCGGCUCUCAGCCUCGAGGGGGAGGUAAAAGCCCCGGAGAAGGAGGCCACCAAGGCAAAAGACGGCAAGUUCAAAAUGCCCAAGUUCGGCAUGCCUUCCUUUGGCUGGUCCAGCAGCAGAGAGGCCAAGGGCACCGUAGCUGCCGAUGUGGACGUGAGCCUCAAGGAGCCCCAGGUGACGGCUCCCUCGGGAACCGCCGAAGUUGACGUGACCCUGCCCGGGGCCGAGAUCCAAGCGCCCGGCGCUGAGGUGACCAUCGAGGCGGCCGCAGACGCGGAGAAAGGCCGGUUCAAAAUGCCCGACGUCAAGAUGCCCAGCGUCAAGCUGCCCAAAGUCAAAGCUUCCCACGUGCAGGUCAGCCUGCCCAAGGCCGAGAUCUCGCUGCCCAAAGCCCAGGGCGAAAUCCCGGAGGGAGAGCUCGCCCUGCAGGGCCCCGAUGCCGAAGGCAGCCUGGACGUGGCUGCCGGCAAAGCCGAGGGCGGCGGCAUGAAACUACACAUGCCAAAAGUCAAGGUGCCCAGCGUGGCCUUCUCCAAGCCGACCGUCAAGGCUCCCAAAGUCGAGGUGGACGUCAGCGUGCCCAAAGCGGACGCCAGCCUCCCCGAGGCAGAGGUCAAGGCCGGCGCCGUCGACGUCAGCAUCUCGGGCCCCGACAUCAAGCUGCCCUCCGUGGAGGGCUCCCUCGACCUCCAGGCACCCAAGGUAGACCUGACAGUGCCCUCUGCCGAAGGCUCGCUCGAUGGAGCCGAGCUGGAAGCCGCGGGCCUCAAAGGCAAGUUUAAGAUGCCCAAGUUCGACAAGCCCAAAUUCGGAGUGUCGGUACCCAAGGCGGAAGGGCCCGAAGGCGAGGUCAGCCUGCCCGCCGCAGAGGUCGAGCUGCCCUCCGGCGCUGUGACGGUCUCAGGGGAAGGCCCCUCACUGGACCUCAAAGCCGGUGCUAAAACCGAAGGGGCUGGCUGGAAACUGGAGAAGCCCUCCCUCAAAAUGCCCAAAGCUGACAUCAAAGCUCCCAAGGUGGACAUCAGCCUGCCCUCCGUCGACAUCACCCUUCCAAAGGCCGGUGCCGACCUGCAGGCGCCCGAGGCGGCUCUCAGCCUCGAGGGGGAGGUAAAAGCCCCGGAGAAGGAGGCCACCAAGGCAAAAGACGGCAAGUUCAAAAUGCCCAAGUUCGGCAUGCCUUCCUUUGGCUGGUCCAGCAGCAGAGAGGCCAAGGGCACCGUAGCUGCCGAUGUGGACGUGAGCCUCAAGGAGCCCCAGGUGACGGCUCCCUCGGGAACCGCCGAAGUUGACGUGACCCUGCCCGGGGCCGAGAUCCAAGCGCCCGGCGCUGAGGUGACCAUCGAGGCGGCCGCAGAUGCGGAGAAAGGCCGGUUCAAAAUGCCCGACGUCAAGAUGCCCAGCGUCAAGCUGCCCAAAGUCAAAGCUCCCCACGUGCAGGUCAGCCUGCCCAAGGCCGAGAUCUCGCUGCCCAAAGCCCAGGGCGAAAUCCCGGAGGGAGAGCUCGCCCUGCAGGGCCCCGAUGCCGAAGGCAGCCUGGACGUGGCUGCCGGCAAAGCCGAGGGCGGCGGCAUGAAACUACACAUGCCAAAAGUCAAGGUGCCCAGCGUGGCCUUCUCCAAGCCGACCGUCAAGGCUCCCAAAGUCGAGGUGGACGUCAGCGUGCCCAAAGCGGACGCCAGCCUCCCCGAGGCAGAGGUCAAGGCCGGCGCCGUCGACGUCAGCAUCUCGGGCCCCGACAUCAAGCUGCCCUCCGUGGAGGGCUCCCUCGACCUCCAGGCACCCAAGGUAGACCUGACAGUGCCCUCUGCCGAAGGCUCGCUCGAUGGAGCCGAGCUGGAAGCCGCGGGCCUCAAAGGCAAGUUUAAGAUGCCCAAGUUCGACAAGCCCAAAUUCGGAGUGUCGGUACCCAAGGCGGAAGGGCCCGAAGGCGAGGUCAGCCUGCCCGCCGCAGAGGUUGAGCUGCCCUCCGGCGCUGUGACGGUCUCAGGGGAAGGCCCCUCACUGGACCUCAAAGCCGGUGCUAAAACCGAAGGGGCUGGCUGGAAACUGGAGAAGCCCUCCCUCAAAAUGCCCAAAGCUGACAUCAAAGCUCCCAAGGUGGACAUCAGCCUGCCCUCCGUCGACAUCACCCUUCCAAAGGCCGGUGCCGACCUGCAGGCGCCCGAGGCGGCUCUCAGCCUCGAGGGGGAGGUAAAAGCCCCGGAGAAGGAGGCCACCAAGGCAAAAGACGGCAAGUUCAAAAUGCCCAAGUUCGGCAUGCCUUCCUUUGGCUGGUCCAGCAGCAGAGAGGCCAAGGGCACCGUAGCUGCCGAUGUGGACGUGAGCCUCAAGGAGCCCCAGGUGACGGCUCCCUCGGGAACCGCCGAAGUUGACGUGACCCUGCCCGGGGCCGAGAUCCAAGCGCCCGGCGCUGAGGUGACCAUCGAGGCGGCCGCAGACGCGGAGAAAGGCCGGUUCAAAAUGCCCGACGUCAAGAUGCCCAGCGUCAAGCUGCCCAAAGUCAAAGCUCCCCACGUGCAGGUCAGCCUGCCCAAGGCCGAGAUCUCGCUGCCCAAAGCCCAGGGCGAAAUCCCGGAGGGAGAGCUCGCCCUGCAGGGCCCCGAUGCCGAAGGCAGCCUGGACGUGGCUGCCGGCAAAGCCGAGGGCGGCGGCAUGAAACUACACAUGCCAAAAGUCAAGGUGCCCAGCGUGGCCUUCUCCAAGCCGACCGUCAAGGCUCCCAAAGUCGAGGUGGACGUCAGCGUGCCCAAAGCGGACGCCAGCCUCCCCGAGGCAGAGGUCAAGGCCGGCGCCGUCGACGUCAGCAUCUCGGGCCCCGACAUCAAGCUGCCCUCCGUGGAGGGCUCCCUCGACCUCCAGGCACCCAAGGUAGACCUGACAGUGCCCUCUGCCGAAGGCUCGCUCGAUGGAGCCGAGCUGGAAGCCGCGGGCCUCAAAGGCAAGUUUAAGAUGCCCAAGUUCGACAAGCCCAAAUUCGGAGUGUCGGUACCCAAGGCGGAAGGGCCCGAAGGCGAGGUCAGCCUGCCCGCCGCAGAGGUCGAGCUGCCCUCCGGCGCUGUGACGGUCUCAGGGGAAGGCCCCUCACUGGACCUCAAAGCCGGUGCUAAAACCGAAGGGGCUGGCUGGAAACUGGAGAAGCCCUCCCUCAAAAUGCCCAAAGCUGACAUCAAAGCUCCCAAGGUGGACAUCAGCCUGCCCUCCGUCGACAUCACCCUUCCAAAGGCCGGUGAAGACCUGCAGGCGCCCGAGGCGGCUCUCAGCCUCGAGGGGGAGGUAAAAGCCCCGGAGAAGGAGGCCACCAAGGCAAAAGACGGCAAGUUCAAAAUGCCCAAGUUCGGCAUGCCUUCCUUUGGCUGGUCCAGCAGCAGAGAGGCCAAGGGCACCGUAGCUGCCGAUGUGGACGUGAGCCUCAAGGAGCCCCAGGUGACGGCUCCCUCGGGAACCGCCGAAGUUGACGUGACCCUGCCCGGGGCCGAGAUCCAAGCGCCCGGCGCUGAGGUGACCAUCGAGGCGGCCGCAGACGCGGAGAAAGGCCGGUUCAAAAUGCCAGACGUCAAGAUGCCCAGCGUCAAGCUGCCCAAAGUCAAAGCUCCCCACGUGCAGGUCAGCCUGCCCAAGGCCGAGAUCUCGCUGCCCAAAGCCCAGGGCGAAAUCCCGGAGGGAGAGCUCGCCCUGCAGGGCCCCGAUGCCGAAGGCAGCCUGGACGUGGCUGCCGGCAAAGCCGAGGGCGGCGGCAUGAAACUACACAUGCCAAAAGUCAAGGUGCCCAGCGUGGCCUUCUCCAAGCCGACCGUCAAGGCUCCCAAAGUCGAGGUGGACGUCAGCAUGCCCAAAGCGGACGCCAGCCUCCCCGAGGCAGAGGUCAAGGCCGGCGCCGUCGACGUCAGCAUCUCGGGCCCCGACAUCAAGCUGCCCUCCGUGGAGGGCUCCCUCGACCUCCAGGCACCCAAGGUAGACCUGACAGUGCCCUCUGCCGAAGGCUCGCUCGAUGGAGCCGAGCUGGAAGCCGCGGGCCUCAAAGGCAAGUUUAAGAUGCCCAAGUUCGACAAGCCCAAAUUCGGAGUGUCGGUACCCAAGGCGGAAGGGCCCGAAGGCGAGGUCAGCCUGCCCGCCGCAGAGGUCGAGCUGCCCUCCGGCGCUGUGACGGUCUCAGGGGAAGGCCCCUCACUGGACCUCAAAGCCGGUGCUAAAACCGAAGGGGCUGGCUGGAAACUGGAGAAGCCCUCCCUCAAAAUGCCCAAAGCUGACAUCAAAGCUCCCAAGGUGGACAUCAGCCUGCCCUCCGUCGACAUCACCCUUCCAAAGGCCGGUGCCGACCUGCAGGCGCCCGAGGCGGCUCUCAGCCUCGAGGGGGAGGUAAAAGCCCCGGAGAAGGAGGCCACCAAGGCAAAAGACGGCAAGUUCAAAAUGCCCAAGUUCGGCAUGCCUUCCUUUGGCUGGUCCAGCAGCAGAGAGGCCAAGGGCACCGUAGCUGCCGAUGUGGACGUGAGCCUCAAGGAGCCCCAGGUGACGGCUCCCUCGGGAACCGCCGAAGUUGACGUGACCCUGCCCGGGGCCGAGAUCCAAGCGCCCGGCGCUGAGGUGACCAUCGAGGCGGCCGCAGACGCGGAGAAAGGCCGGUUCAAAAUGCCCGACGUCAAGAUGCCCAGCGUCAAGCUGCCCAAAGUCAAAGCUCCCCACGUGCAGGUCAGCCUGCCCAAGGCCGAGAUCUCGCUGCCCAAAGCCCAGGGCGAAAUCCCGGAGGGAGAGCUCGCCCUGCAGGGCCCCGAUGCCGAAGGCAGCCUGGACGUGGCUGCCGGCAAAGCCGAGGGCGGCGGCAUGAAACUACACAUGCCAAAAGUCAAGGUGCCCAGCGUGGCCUUCUCCAAGCCGACCGUCAAGGCUCCCAAAGUCGAGGUGGACGUCAGCGUGCCCAAAGCGGACGCCAGCCUCCCCGAGGCAGAGGUCAAGGCCGGCGCCGUCGACGUCAGCAUCUCGGGCCCCGACAUCAAGCUGCCCUCCGUGGAGGGCUCCCUCGACCUCCAGGCACCCAAGGUAGACCUGACAGUGCCCUCUGCCGAAGGCUCGCUCGAUGGAGCCGAGCUGGAAGCCGCGGGCCUCAAAGGCAAGUUUAAGAUGCCCAAGUUCGACAAGCCCAAAUUCGGAGUGUCGGUACCCAAGGCGGAAGGGCCCGAAGGCGAGGUCAGCCUGCCCGCCGCAGAGGUCGAGCUGCCCUCCGGCGCUGUGACGGUCUCAGGGGAAGGCCCCUCACUGGACCUCAAAGCCGGUGCUAAAACCGAAGGGGCUGGCUGGAAACUGGAGAAGCCCUCCCUCAAAAUGCCCAAAGCUGACAUCAAAGCUCCCAAGGUGGACAUCAGCCUGCCCUCCGUCGACAUCACCCUUCCAAAGGCCGGUGCCGACCUGCAGGCGCCCGAGGCGGCUCUCAGCCUCGAGGGGGAGGUAAAAGCCCCGGAGAAGGAGGCCACCAAGGCAAAAGACGGCAAGUUCAAAAUGCCCAAGUUCGGCAUGCCUUCCUUUGGCUGGUCCAGCAGCAGAGAGGCCAAGGGCACCGUAGCUGCCGAUGUGGACGUGAGCCUCAAGGAGCCCCAGGUGACGACUCCCUCGGGAACCGCCGAAGUUGACGUGACCCUGCCCGGGGCCGAGAUCCAAGCGCCCGGCGCUGAGGUGACCAUCGAGGCGGCCGCGGCCGCAGAUGCGGAGAAAGGCCGGUUCAAAAUGCCCGACGUCAAGAUGCCCAGCGUCAAGCUGCCCAAAGUCAAAGCUCCCCACGUGCAGGUCAGCCUGCCCAAGGCCGAGAUCUCGCUGCCCAAAGCCCAGGGCGAAAUCCCGGAGGGAGAGCUCGCCCUGCAGGGCCCCGAUGCCGAAGGCAGCCUGGACGUGGCUGCCGGCAAAGCCGAGGGCGGCGGCAUGAAACUACACAUGCCAAAAGUCAAGGUGCCCAGCGUGGCCUUCUCCAAGCCGACCGUCAAGGCUCCCAAAGUCGAGGUGGACGUCAGCAUGCCCAAAGCGGAUGCCAGCCUCCCCGAGGCAGAGGUCAAGGCCGGCGCCGUCGACGUCAGCAUCUCGGGCCCCGACAUCAAGCUGCCCUCCGUGGAGGGCUCCCUCGACCUCCAGGCACCCAAGGUAGACCUGACAGUGCCCUCUGCCGAAGGCUCGCUCGAUGGAGCCGAGCUGGAAGCCGCGGGCCUCAAAGGCAAGUUUAAGAUGCCCAAGUUCGACAAGCCCAAAUUCGGAGUGUCGGUACCCAAGGCGGAAGGGCCCGAAGGCGAGGUCAGCCUGCCCGCCGCAGAGGUCGAGCUGCCCUCCGGCGCUGUGACGGUCUCAGGGGAAGGCCCCUCACUGGACCUCAAAGCCGGUGCUAAAACCGAAGGGGCUGGCUGGAAACUGGAGAAGCCCUCCCUCAAAAUGCCCAAAGCUGACAUCAAAGCUCCCAAGGUGGACAUCAGCCUGCCCUCCGUCGACAUCACCCUUCCAAAGGCCGGUGCCGACCUGCAGGCGCCCGAGGCGGCUCUCAGCCUCGAGGGGGAGGUAAAAGCCCCGGAGAAGGAGGCCACCAAGGCAAAAGACGGCAAGUUCAAAAUGCCCAAGUUCGGCAUGCCUUCCUUUGGCUGGUCCAGCAGCAGAGAGGCCAAGGGCACCGUAGCUGCCGAUGUGGACGUGAGCCUCAAGGAGCCCCAGGUGACGGCUCCCUCGGGAACCGCCGAAGUUGACGUGACCCUGCCCGGGGCCGAGAUCCAAGCGCCCGGCGCUGAGGUGACCAUCGAGGCGGCCGCAGACGCGGAGAAAGGCCGGUUCAAAAUGCCCGACGUCAAGAUGCCCAGCGUCAAGCUGCCCAAAGUCAAAGCUCCCCACGUGCAGGUCAGCCUGCCCAAGGCCGAGAUCUCGCUGCCCAAAGCCCAGGGCGAAAUCCCGGAGGGAGAGCUCGCCCUGCAGGGCCCCGAUGCCGAAGGCAGCCUGGACGUGGCUGCCGGCAAAGCCGAGGGCGGCGGCAUGAAACUACACAUGCCAAAAGUCAAGGUGCCCAGCGUGGCCUUCUCCAAGCCGACCGUCAAGGCUCCCAAAGUCGAGGUGGACGUCAACGUGCCCAAAGCGGACGCCAGCCUCCCCGAGGCAGAGGUCAAGGCCGGCGCCGUCGACGUCAGCAUCUCGGGCCCCGACAUCAAGCUGCCCUCCGUGGAGGGCUCCCUCGACCUCCAGGCACCCAAGGUAGACCUGACAGUGCCCUCUGCCGAAGGCUCGCUCGAUGGAGCCGAGCUGGAAGCCGCGGGCCUCAAAGGCAAGUUUAAGAUGCCCAAGUUCGACAAGCCCAAAUUCGGAGUGUCGGUACCCAAGGCGGAAGGGCCCGAAGGCGAGGUCAGCCUGCCCGCCGCAGAGGUCGAGCUGCCCUCCGGCGCUGUGACGGUCUCAGGGGAAGGCCCCUCACUGGACCUCAAAGCCGGUGCUAAAACCGAAGGGGCUGGCUGGAAACUGGAGAAGCCCUCCCUCAAAAUGCCCAAAGCUGACAUCAAAGCUCCCAAGGUGGACAUCAGCCUGCCCUCCGUCGACAUCACCCUUCCAAAGGCCGGUGCCGACCUGCAGGCGCCCGAGGCGGCUCUCAGCCUCGAGGGGGAGGUAAAAGCCCCGGAGAAGGAGGCCACCAAGGCAAAAGACGGCAAGUUCAAAAUGCCCAAGUUCGGCAUGCCUUCCUUUGGCUGGUCCAGCAGCAGAGAGGCCAAGGGCACCGUAGCUGCCGAUGUGGACGUGAGCCUCAAGGAGCCCCAGGUGACGGCUCCCUCGGGAACCGCCGAAGUUGACGUGACCCUGCCCGGGGCCGAGAUCCAAGCGCCCGGCGCUGAGGUGACCAUCGAGGCGGCCGCAGACGCGGAGAAAGGCCGGUUCAAAAUGCCCGACGUCAAGAUGCCCAGCGUCAAGCUGCCCAAAGUCAAAGCUCCCCACGUGCAGGUCAGCCUGCCCAAGGCCGAGAUCUCGCUGCCCAAAGCCCAGGGCGAAAUCCCGGAGGGAGAGCUCGCCCUGCAGGGCCCCGAUGCCGAAGGCAGCCUGGACGUGGCUGCCGGCAAAGCCGAGGGCGGCGGCAUGAAACUACACAUGCCAAAAGUCAAGGUGCCCAGCGUGGCCUUCUCCAAGCCGACCGUCAAGGCUCCCAAAGUCGAGGUGGACGUCAGCGUGCCCAAAGCGGACGCCAGCCUCCCCGAGGCAGAGGUCAAGGCCGGCGCCGUCGACGUCAGCAUCUCGGGCCCCGACAUCAAGCUGCCCUCCGUGGAGGGCUCCCUCGACCUCCAGGCACCCAAGGUAGACCUGACAGUGCCCUCUGCCGAAGGCUCGCUCGAUGGAGCCGAGCUGGAAGCCGCGGGCCUCAAAGGCAAGUUUAAGAUGCCCAAGUUCGACAAGCCCAAAUUCGGAGUGUCGGUACCCAAGGCGGAAGGGCCCGAAGGCGAGGUCAGCCUGCCCGCCGCAGAGGUCGAGCUGCCCUCCGGCGCUGUGACGGUCUCAGGGGAAGGCCCCUCACUGGACCUCAAAGCCGGUGCUAAAACCGAAGGGGCUGGCUGGAAACUGGAGAAGCCCUCCCUCAAAAUGCCCAAAGCUGACAUCAAAGCUCCCAAGGUGGACAUCAGCCUGCCCUCCGUCGACAUCACCCUUCCAAAGGCCGGUGCCGACCUGCAGGCGCCCGAGGCGGCUCUCAGCCUCGAGGGGGAGGUAAAAGCCCCGGAGAAGGAGGCCACCAAGGCAAAAGACGGCAAGUUCAAAAUGCCCAAGUUCGGCAUGCCUUCCUUUGGCUGGUCCAGCAGCAGAGAGGCCAAGGGCACCGUAGCUGCCGAUGUGGACGUGAGCCUCAAGGAGCCCCAGGUGACGGCUCCCUCGGGAACCGCCGAAGUUGACGUGACCCUGCCCGGGGCCGAGAUCCAAGCGCCCGGCGCUGAGGUGACCAUCGAGGCGGCCGCAGAUGCGGAGAAAGGCCGGUUCAAAAUGCCCGACGUCAAGAUGCCCAGCGUCAAGCUGCCCAAAGUCAAAGCUCCCCACGUGCAGGUCAGCCUGCCCAAGGCCGAGAUCUCGCUGCCCAAAGCCCAGGGCGAAAUCCCGGAGGGAGAGCUCGCCCUGCAGGGCCCCGAUGCCGAAGGCAGCCUGGACGUGGCUGCCGGCAAAGCCGAGGGCGGCGGCAUGAAACUACACAUGCCAAAAGUCAAGGUGCCCAGCGUGGCCUUCUCCAAGCCGACCGUCAAGGCUCCCAAAGUCGAGGUGGACGUCAGCAUGCCCAAAGCGGAUGCCAGCCUCCCCGAGGCAGAGGUCAAGGCCGGCGCCGUCGACGUCAGCAUCUCGGGCCCCGACAUCAAGCUGCCCUCCGUGGAGGGCUCCCUCGACCUCCAGGCACCCAAGGUAGACCUGACAGUGCCCUCUGCCGAAGGCUCGCUCGAUGGAGCCGAGCUGGAAGCCGCGGGCCUCAAAGGCAAGUUUAAGAUGCCCAAGUUCGACAAGCCCAAAUUCGGAGUGUCGGUACCCAAGGCGGAAGGGCCCGAAGGCGAGGUCAGCCUGCCCGCCGCAGAGGUCGAGCUGCCCUCCGGCGCUGUGACGGUCUCAGGGGAAGGCCCCUCACUGGACCUCAAAGCCGGUGCUAAAACCGAAGGGGCUGGCUGGAAACUGGAGAAGCCCUCCCUCAAAAUGCCCAAAGCUGACAUCAAAGCUCCCAAGGUGGACAUCAGCCUGCCCUCCGUCGACAUCACCCUUCCAAAGGCCGGUGCCGACCUGCAGGCGCCCGAGGCGGCUCUCAGCCUCGAGGGGGAGGUAAAAGCCCCGGAGAAGGAGGCCACCAAGGCAAAAGACGGCAAGUUCAAAAUGCCCAAGUUCGGCAUGCCUUCCUUUGGCUGGUCCAGCAGCAGAGAGGCCAAGGGCACCGUAGCUGCCGAUGUGGACGUGAGCCUCAAGGAGCCCCAGGUGACGGCUCCCUCGGGAACCACCGAAGUUGACGUGACCCUGCCCGGGGCCGAGAUCCAAGCGCCCGGCACUGAGGUGACCAUCGAGGCGGCCGCAGACGCGGAGAAAGGCCGGUUCAAAAUGCCCGACGUCAAGAUGCCCAGCGUCAAGCUGCCCAAAGUCAAAGCUCCCCACGUGCAGGUCAGCCUGCCCAAGGCCGAGAUCUCGCUGCCCAAAGCCCAGGGCGAAAUCCCGGAGGGAGAGCUCGCCCUGCAGGGCCCCGAUGCCGAAGGCAGCCUGGACGUGGCUGCCGGCAAAGCCGAGGGCAGCGGCAUGAAACUACACAUGCCAAAAGUCAAGGUGCCCAGCGUGGCCUUCUCCAAGCCGACCGUCAAGGCUCCCAAAGUCGAGGUGGACGUCAGCGUGCCCAAAGCGGACGCCAGCCUCCCCGAGGCAGAGGUCAAGGCCGGCGCCGUCGACGUCAGCAUCUCGGGCCCCGACAUCAAGCUGCCCUCCGUGGAGGGCUCCCUCGACCUCCAGGCACCCAAGGUAGACCUGACAGUGCCCUCUGCCGAAGGCUCGCUCGAUGGAGCCGAGCUGGAAGCCGCGGGCCUCAAAGGCAAGUUUAAGAUGCCCAAGUUCGACAAGCCCAAAUUCGGAGUGUCGGUACCCAAGGCGGAAGGGCCCGAAGGCGAGGUCAGCCUGCCCGCCGCAGAGGUCGAGCUGCCCUCCGGCGCUGUGACGGUCUCAGGGGAAGGCCCCUCACUGGACCUCAAAGCCGGUGCUAAAACCGAAGGGGCUGGCUGGAAACUGGAGAAGCCCUCCCUCAAAAUGCCCAAAGCUGACAUCAAAGCUCCCAAGGUGGACAUCAGCCUGCCCUCCGUCGACAUCACCCUUCCAAAGGCCGGUGCCGACCUGCAGGCGCCCGAGGCGGCUCUCAGCCUCGAGGGGGAGGUAAAAGCCCCGGAGAAGGAGGCCACCAAGGCAAAAGACGGCAAGUUCAAAAUGCCCAAGUUCGGCAUGCCUUCCUUUGGCUGGUCCAGCAGCAGAGAGGCCAAGGGCACCGUAGCUGCCGAUGUGGACGUGAGCCUCAAGGAGCCCCAGGUGACGGCUCCCUCGGGAACCGCCGAAGUUGACGUGACCCUGCCCGGGGCCGAGAUCCAAGCGCCCGGCGCUGAGAUACCAUCACCUGUCAUUGCUGUUACCUCUAGUUCAUCCUCUGUGAAGGAGGAUUCUACUGGCAAAUCUAAAGGUUCUUUAUUCAGUAUGCCUAGAGUUUCACUUUCUAAAAGUUCAAGGCAUGAGCUUCAAAGUAAGUCUAGUAGUGAAUGUUCCGAGUCAGAAUCUAUUUGUUAUUCAGUAACAGAAGAGUCUCCUGCUGUUAUUUCUGGCAGUGUCGGAAGUAAACUUGUUCGUGACUUUAAGGGAGACAGCUCUUCUAAAAGCAGUAAAUUUAGAAUUCCUAGUUUGGGUUUCUCCAAAGUUGAUAUUAGUUCUUCUAAAUUUGAUCAAGAUUCCCCAUUAUCAAAAGGGGAUAUAACUCUUACCAAAUAUCAGGUGAAUGUAGCAGAAUCUGAAUCAAAAAUUUCAUCUUCUGCUGAUGUGAACGUUUCAUUUACAGAAUCUGAGAUUAUGAAACUAGAGGGUUCUUGUGAGCAAGGUAGUUUGAAGCCAGAAAAAGUAAAAUCACCACCUGCUGAGCGGUGUGUUGGUGAUUCAGAAUAUACGGUUAAAAUACCUAAGUUCCGAAAACCAAAGUUUGGAUUUUCUUGGUCAAAAGGAAAACCACCAGCAACUGAUGUUGGUUCCAAAUCCGAAUCUCAAUUUUCCAAGGAACAGAUGACAUCUGAAAUGUUUGAUAUUGAAAAUCCAGCUCAGAUUCCUGAUUCUGAGUUUGACCUAAAAAUGCCAAAGCCAUCACCUGAAUUUGUUACGGGUGCUUCAGAGUUGGAUGUUAGUCUUCCAUCCCCAGAGGUUACCAUGCCAAAGCUAGAAAUGGAUAUUCAUGGUCCAGAGUGCAGGAAAGAGCAGGAGUUAAUUUCUGGUGAGAAGGACACUGAGGAUAAAGAAAGCAAAUCUAAAAUGUCAAAAUUCAGACUACUGUCAUUUAAUUGGUCCCCAAAGAAAGAAGCUAUUGCUCCUUCUGAAGCUGAAGGACACCUGGAAGAAUGCACUAUUUUAUCUGAAGACACAGAAUCUAAAUUAGCACCAAUUACCCCCGACAAUCAAGACCUUCAUGUGGAAUUAAAUACAGCAACAGAAAAAGAUGGUGAAACAGGCAAAACCAAGAAGUCUCAAUUUAUCAUGCCAAAGAUCUCCCUUACUAAAGUGAAGGGUCAAAAAGUCCAGGGCUCUCUGCCCAUACUAGAAACUGAUGUUUGUGAUCUCAAACAAGAAAAAUGUGGAGAUGCUUCAGUACAGAAAUCUGACAAAGGGAGUAGUGAAGAAAGGGCAGAAAUGGGUGUAAAGAUGCCAAAAGUUAGAGUUUCAACUUCUGAAUUUUCCAAACCUGAAGUUGAAGGACCCAAAAUACAAAUGGACAUUAGCAUACCUGCAGGUGAGGUCAUCCUUACUGCUUGUGAACAAGAUGACCUGAACCAGAAAUCAGCUGCUGCUGAUACUCCUUCCUCAGGUACUAAGAUGACAACUGAAGCCUCACUUGAGGUGAAGAGUCCUGAGGCAAGUGUUGGAAGAAUAUCUAGUGAAAUUGCCAUGAGUGGUGUAGAAAUAAAAGUUGAAGGUCCUGAAGGGAAAACAAAAACGUCAAAAUUCCAAGUGCCAAAGUUUGGAAUGACAAAUUCUAAAGGGAAAGGAUCAGAAAAGGAGGUCGGCCAAACCAAAUCAGAAGCCAAGGUUCCCCAGCUAAAAGCUACGAUAGAAAUAGCUGAUAUUGCUGUGGAAGCACCAAAUUUGGAGGUGGAAUGUACUGAAGGAAAAGAAUCUUCCAGCUCUAAAUUGAGAAUAACCAAAGCUGACAAGAAGGCAUCAGAAGCUGAUACUCACUUCCCAACAGGUGAGAUUUCUAUCUCAAAAACAGACAGUGAUAUGCAAGAUUCAGAUAUGACACUAAAAAUUAAAGAGGAAACAAAGCACAGGAAUGAAGACGGAGAAGAGAAAGAAGGACAUUUCAAAAUGCCAAAAUUCAAACUUCCAUCCUUCAGUUGGUCACCAAAGAAGGAAGCAACUGUUAAGGCAGAUUCUGAAGCAAAUUUAGAAGACAGUCAAGUUGCUGUAACGUCAGGUGGAACAGACACAGAAGUGGAAGGAACUGUAGCUGAUGAUCAAGGACUCAGGCCUGCCCUUGAUGUGGAAAUACUUGCUGGAAAAGAUCAACAAAAAAGUCCAAUUAAAAAGCCUCAGUUUGUAAUGCCUAAAAUUUCACUUUCCAAGAUCAAGAUUCCCAAAUCUCAGGGACAUUCAUUAAAAAUUGAAGCUGGAAAUACUGUAACUAAAACAGAAAGAGAUGGAGUUGAUUCAAUACAGAUACCUGAUAUAGAAAGAAGUCAUUCCACACAGACAGAAGAAGGGGCACAAAUAAGCAUAAAAACAGCUGCAGUUAAGAUCCCCACUUUGGAGCUUUCCAAAACAGAAGCCAUCCAAGCUGAUUUGGGAGUCAGCUCAUCCAAGAUUGAUACUGCUCUGACUGUCUCAGAGGAGAGUUUUCAACAGGUUGUCCUAAAAUCGAGUUCUGAUAAAGAUUCUAUUAAAAAAACAGGCACUGAGUUCCCUGAAGGAGAAGCUUCAACUGAACCGAGAAGCACCAAAAUAGCAACAGAAGGAUCAUUAGUUACGGAUGGAAGAAAGAUGAAAUUGGAAGGUCACGAUGUACAGAUUAAAAUGCCCAAAUUCCAGAAGCCAAAGUUUGGAAUCUCCCUGACAAAAGGGAAAGGCCCAGAUCCAGAGAUCAGCUCUCCAAAAUUAGAAGCUGAGCUACCUCAGCUAAAAAUGACAGCAGAAGUUGCUGACAUUGCUGGGAGAGUGCCAGCAUCAGCAUUUACAUCUGAUAUGUCAGAUCCUGGGCUAGAGGUUUCUGCUUCAAAGGCAAAAACACCCCAAGUUCUGACGGCUGUCAUUGAAGCUCCAAAGGUAGAUGUAAGCCCCCAGUCAGAGUCUAAAGCAGUGAUAGGGGGAGAUACUGACAGCCUAAAGGAUAAAGAAAUCAAAACAGAAGAAGAAGUGAAAGCUGAAGAAGCUCAGACUGAAGAACAUCAGGGAUGGUUUAAAAUGCCAAAAUUCAGAAUACCUGCAUUUGGCCGCACGUCUUUAAAGGAAAAGAAGGGUGAUACAGAUGUUGAAAGAAGUCUAGAAAAACCUCAGGCAGGCAUUCCUUCUGCCAAAGUACAAACUGAAGCUGAAGUUACUAUUGGAAAAGAAGAAACUCCAAAAUUAGGAGAUUCUGCGGAGAGUUCUGUUACUAGCUUGCCAAAGGUAGAAGGAGAUAUUUCAUUAUCUGCAAAAAGCAAAGACAGUAGAGUAAAUAUUCAAAAACAUGAAACUUAUGCAGACAUAGUUAAGCGUGGUGCUGACGGACAAAAAAUGCACAGUUCGGAAUUCACAGUGUCUUCCGUGGAAUUAUCUAAAAUGGAAAUAAGUGCUUCAAUAAUUGACAAAGAUAACAGUUCACAAAGUAAGUUCCCUACGGGUACCCUGACUCUUCAAGACCAGAAAGUCAAAUCACAGGACAGAGAUACUCCAAAAGUAGAAAGUUCCACUGAAGUAAAGACUUCAAGUGCAGAAUUUAAAACAUUAUCAGGUGAAGUUACUCUGGACAGAACACAGGAAGAAACAGAUGCAAGUCUUGCAAAGGGAGAAUUAGACCUUCAAAAUCAAGGGGCAGUGAUUAAAACAGUAAAGAUAAGGACAAGUGAGAUGAAAAUUAUAGGAAAAGACAGUGAAUUAAAAUGGUCUACAGGUGAGUGGGCUACUGCAAAGGGAUCAGAAGAUGCUGUUUACGUUGCAGCUAAGAUGAAAGAUGUAAAGGUAGAUGUUCCAGAAGUGAAAACGGAUGUUGAAAUUGAGAGGGUAGAUCCUGAAAUGGAAUGUCAAGUGAAAUGUGUUGAAAAGGACAUGUCUGCAAAUGUGGAAGCGCAAGUGGAAGACAGAGUAGAAACAAGUAAAAUUAAAACAUACAAGUUUAAGAUUCCAAGGUUUGGAAUAUUACAUUCAGAAGUGAAGGGUUUUGAAGAUGAUAUCAGUUUGCCAAAGUCAGGAGCUGUUUCAGUGUCUAAAACUGAAACAGGCAGAGUGGAAACGCAGUUACAAAAAUCAGAAGGAUCCAUUGGCCCAACAAGUCCAACUACAGAUCACAAAGAAUCAUCUGCUAGAAUUACAGUGGACAAAUCACAAGGUGAUCCAGAAGUAAAUAUAAAAAUUCCCAAACUAAAAAUACCAAGAUUCACUUUCAGAGUUCUCCCAAGUGAAGCUGAUGUUUCAUUGUCAAAAGUGGUAACAGAUCCAAAAGGAACUAGUGCUGACAUCGAAGUGGUGCACUUGCAAGCAAGCUCUACUAUCCCUGAAGAAAUAUCAGAGACUCUGGAAGGUGAUAUUCAAAAAGCAAAAAGCAAAAUUCUAACACUGAUUGAACCUGACAUUAAAACAGCACAGAUGACUGCUACCAUAGAUUCCUGCCUUUCAAAUGCAGGGCAAGACAUUCAUUGGUCAUACGUAGAAGGCCAAGAAGUGAGAGAGAAAGUAGAACCUGAACAUGUUUCUAUUGAAAGGUGUGAAAUUUACUCUACCCAGAUACUGAAGGAAUCAGAGAUUCUCUCAUCAGAGGUUAAAACUGCUACCUUGGGAUUUUCAUUGCUCAAGGCGAAGUUGCCUGAAUCACAUAGCAACUUAGAAGUGCUAGUCCAGCAAAGCCCUUCAAUGGAAAAUGCAUCAUCAGUGAACACAUCUGACCAUUCUGAUGAAAGUUUUGUAGUAAGUGCACAGAGGACUGUCAUUGCUGAACUUAAACUAUCUGACAGACCACACAGUGAGACUGAAGAAUCUAGCGGAAUGACAGGUUUACCAACAUUAAAAACAUUUGCUGCUGAAGUAAAGCCUUCCAGUAAACCUGAAGAGAGUCAUCCUGAUAAGGCACCAGAGAAAACAGCUGCAGCUCCUCUCUCUAAAGAUGAGGAUAUAGCCAAAGCACAAGAAGAUGAAGAAAAGGAUGUAACUGAUGAAAAAGAAAAGGCUGACAGCAAAAGGUCUCCUGGAAGAUUCAAAUUUUGGCUUCCAAGUAUUGGCUUUUCAUCUUCUGGUGAUGAAACAAGCUCAGAUUCAAAAACAGAAGUAAAAAAAUCAGAAGAAACAAGGCCAGAAGAUAUGAAACCUGCUGACACAUCAGUUAGUGAUUCUUCUAAGCAAACUGAAAAAACUGGAUGGUUUAGAUUUCCCAAACUAGGUUUCACAUCUCCUUCCAAAAAAGCUAAGAUUGUCGACAAAGAAGAGACAGGUGAUAAAGAGAGAGGAAUAUCAGAUGAAGAUAGCCCUUCAGAUAAACCUGAUGUAUUUUUUGAUGCACAGGAAAGCUUAUCACCUAAAGAAAUAGCAGAGAGUGAAAAACAAGAAAUCGAUGGGACUUCAUCUAAUAUUCCAGUUUCUCAAACUAUCGUUACAUCUUCAGCAAGGACUGAACUAAUCUUGUUGGAGCAAGAAAAAGCUGGUCAACCUAAUAUCCCUGGAGAUGCAACCAAAUGAAGAUUGCCUUCUGCCAACCACCCAGAGAAAAGAGAAUAAUCUAUACAGGAGAAAAGAAAAGGAAAAAAAACCAAUCCUAAUUUGCCAGUAACCAAAUAUUAAACAAAACCUACAGGUGAUAUUUACAGAAACAGUUUGUUGAAGAGAAUUUACCACAUCUAAACCUUCCUGUACUUGAAUGUGCUAUACUGUGUAGUAAUAAAAAUAGUGAUCUUUCCAAAUCUGCUCCAAAGGCAAGAACAGGUACAGGGGAGUUCAUAGUUCUAAUAAGGUCUGAAAAGAUACCUGAACCAUGAAAGUAAACCUUUGAAAGACUCAAUGACAGCAAAAUGUCUUGUUAAAUAUGCUUCUCAAAAACACACCAGUUAGGAUUAGAUGAUAUAUUAUUUGCAGAGCAGAGUAUAAACUAGUACUAUGAGAAUUAUAUUUACCUGUUUAGAUUUUGGAUCUCUCUGACUUAUUUUUGCUUUCUUACUAAAUCUUUCUUUAUUUCAGCUAAAAUAAACACAUACUCCACAAUCAUUUUAAAAAGCAAAAUGAAAACAAAAUACUAGUGUAGACAAACAGAGGCUUUACCCCUUCCUCUCUUCUCAUGUUUUUUUAUUAUCGUGGUGGGUCAUAUUUAGCCUUAAAAGAUUAACAAAUAAAUAAAUUCAAGACAAAAAAUAUAUAUAUUUCACAUUUUUAAGGUAUCCAAAUAAUGGUGAAAACUAUUAUAAAAAAUGUGGAUAAAUAAAUUUUUAUGUGUAUAUCUACUGAAUAGUUAAAUGCACAGAAUGAUCUGCCAUGCUUUGGUGGAAUUGCUUCAGAUAUUUUCUGGGAAAGGAGAUGUAUAUAGUUAUUUACCUCUUUGUUUAUAUUAAUGCUUCUCUCAAGUGCACAGCCAAAACCAGAGUGCAUAUAUGACGGCCUUCAUAUGUAUCAUUAAAACACUACAUUCUUAAUUCACAAUAAAUUCACUACAUGAAAAAUAA